AUGCUUUCCACUGAAGAGCACCAUGUCACCCCCUGGUCCUCCAUGUUUGUCACUGUCAUUGUUCCCAUGCUUCUCUUCUCUGCCUGUUGGUCUCUGACUUUCCCUCCGUCCUCUCUGAAAGCUCCUGUGUCCUGUUGCCUAGCAACCUGUGCCCAUGCCGUGUUGAGUGGCGGGGCCGUGGCAGGGAGUGCCAUGAUGUGUCAGAAAGGUUUCAGGAGAGUGAGGCCCCGGUUGUGUUUGAAGCUGGGAUUCAGGGCCACGUCGGUGCUGAGGGACAGCAGUGGAACAGAGGUCAGGGGUCACUGUGCAGGUUGGAGUGGUGGCGCGGUGCUUGCCAGUGAAGUGAUGGGCUGGGGCUUGUGGGAGCAGCAACAGUACAUCCAAGGGGCAUCCUCUCCCAAGGACAUGAUCAUCAUUGUGGAUGUGAGUGGCAGUGUCAGUGGACUCACUCUGAAGCUGAUGAAGUCCUCUGUGAUACAGAUGCUAGACACUCUGUCAGAUGAUGACUAUGUGAAUGUAGCCAGGUUUAACGAGAAGGCAGAUGCCGUGGUCCCCUGCUUUAAGACCUUGGUCCAGGCCACCAUGAGAAACAAGAAGAUCUUCAAGGAGUCCAUCAUGAACAUGCAAGCCAAAGGAACCACUGACUACAAGUCUGGCUUCCAGUUCGCCUUCGAACAGCUACUCAAUGAUACCGGCGCCCCGAGGGCGGGCUGCAAUAAGAUGAUAAUGAUGUUUACAGAUGGAGGAGAGGAUCGUGCCCAGGACAUUUUUGAGAAGUACAACUGGCCCAACAAAACCAUUCGAGUGUUUACCUUUUCAGUCGGGCAGCACAACUAUGAUGUCACGCCUUUGCAGUGGAUAGCUUGUGCCAAUAAAGGAUUCUACUACGAGAUUCCAUCCAUUGGCGCCAUCAGAAUUAACACGCAGGAGUACCUGGAUGUGCUGGGUCGGCCCAUGGUGCUGGCUGGGCCCAAGGCCAAGCUGGUCCAAUGGACCAACGUCUACCAGGAUGCUCUGGGUCUGGGUCUGGUUAUCACUGGGACCAUGCCGGUCUUCAACCUCACCGCUGAUGCAAACUCUCAGACUCAGCUCGUCCUUGGUGUCAUGGGAGUGGAUGUUGCGAUCAACGAAAUUAAGAGGAAGACACCAACAUAUAGGCUUGGAGCCAAUGGAUACACGUAUGCAAUCGACAAAAAUGGCUAUUUGCUCCUGCACCCCAACUUGCAACCUAAGAUCAUUAACUUCAGAGAGCCUGUCACUCUGGACUUCCUGGAUGCUGAGCUGGAGGACAGUAAGAAGGAGGAGAUCCGUCGUGACAUGAUUGAUGGAAAAUCAGGGCAAAGGAAAAUCACGACCCUCAUUAAGUCAGUUGAUGAGAGGUACAUUGAUGAGGCUAUACGGACAUACACCUGGACACCGGUGGAAGGCACAGAUUACAGUCUCGGGCUGGUACUGCCCACGUACAGUGAGAACCACAUCAAGGCUAACCUGAGUGACCAGAUCCUGCAGGUGCAGUAUAAUCUUCCCCUUUCUGUUGCAGAUUUUGAAUCUCUGCUGCCAAACAGUUUUGAGUCUGAAGGACAUGUAUUCAUAGCUCCCAGGGAAUACUGCAAUGAGCUGGAGCUCUCCAACAACAACACUGACUUCCUGCUCAACUUCAUCGCUCUCAUGGAGAAGGUGACUCCUGACUCCAAACAAUGUGACAACCUGCUCCUUCACAACCUCAUCCUGGACACUGGCAUCAUCAGACAGCUGGUGGAGAAGGUGUGGAAGACCAAAGACCUCAACACAUAUGGCUUUUUGGCCGUGUUUGCUGCCACAGAUGGAGGGAUUACAAGAGUUUUUCCCAACAAGGCUGCUGAGACCUGGGAGGAGGACCCUGAGCCUUUUAACGCCAGCUAUUACCGCCGCAGUCUGGACAACAAGGGCUACAUCUUCAGAGCGCCUUAUCGUACCUUGAAUGAUGAGCUGCUGAACCCAGAGAACGACACCAUAGGGAUCCUGGUCAGCACUGCAGUGGAGAUCACAGUGGGAGGGAAGACAAUCAAACCUGCAGUGGUUGGAGUAAAGCUGGAUCUUGAGGCCUGGGUGGACAAAUUCAAGAUCCUGGCUAGCAACCAAACAAGUCCAACAAGUGACAACCGCCAAGUCCAACAAACGUGUGGACCAACCAGUGGCUGUGAGAUGGACUGUGACGCCAACAGCGAAGACCUGCUGUGUUACCUAGUGGAUGACGGUGGUUUCCUGAUCAUGUCCAAUCAGAAGGACUACUGGAACAAGAUUGGCAUGUUCUUCAGUGAGGUGGACCCCUACCUGAUGCAUGCUCUCUACAACAACUCCUUUUACAACCGGAAGCAGUCCUUUGACUACCAGUCUGUGUGUGACCCGGUGCCGAGCAGCAACACCGGGGCUGCACCAAGAGGAGUCUUUGUGCCCACCAUUGCAGACUUUGUGAACCUGGCCUGGUGGACAUCAGCAGCUGCCUGGUCCCUAUUUCAGCAGCUGCUCUGUGGAAUGGCGUACCACAGUUGGUUUGUCACAGAUGAGGUGGAGGCAGAGGGGAUGGACUCCAGAGAGACCAGCUGUGUGACGAUACAGACUCAGUUCUACUUCACCAACAUCAACAGUUCCUAUGACAUCCUGCAGGACUGUGGCAACUGCUCCAGGCUGAUCCAUGCCAAGAGGUUAAACAACACCAACCUGCUGUUUGUGGUAGCAGAGAAGAUGCCCUGCAACACUUGCGAGGUGGAGAAACUGUCCCAGGCGGAGACAGAGUUCAAGGACGAUAACCCAUCAUGUGAGGAUAUGAGUGCAGCGAGGUAUCGAAAAGGGCCAACUGUGUGCUACGACUACAAUCUCGCUGAGAACACAUCUGACUGCGGGCGCGGCCACUCCUUCCGCCCCUCCUUCCAGACCCUGCUCACGAUUCAGCUCAUCCUGCUCUAUCCAAUCGCCAGCACCCAUAUUCUGCCCCUCCUACUUUAAUUUUCCUCUUGUCUGCUCCCACCAGCUAUGUCCAUCCUAAAGCCCCCGCCCUCUCCCCUCUAUGCCCCGCCCCUGCUCUAGUCGUAGGUAAUAAUGGGACUUUCUGCCACCUGCAACUCGGAAGCCCUGAGUACCGCACUACUGUACCCAGCUAGCUUCUAUUGUUGUCUCUUAGUGACGGUUGCAGGACCUUUAUGUCCUCAGCGAGUUACCUACCGUCAUCCAUUUGAAGAUAUUUUGGUGGUGUUCCAACCACUACAAUCACCAGAGGCUGUCAGAAUAGAAAAGGUCCCACCCACAUCAACAGGACAAGUGAGAAGUGAGAAGUGAAAAGACAAGUUGGAUGCCAUGUCACAGAGCUCCAGCCGUCAUGGAUACAGCAGAGUUUAGGUUGUCUGUUUCCGCCUCUGUUAGUCAGACGGGAUGAGGAGACAUUGCCUCCAUCGCUCUCAUUCAUCUCUGGUCUGCUCAGAGUCUCACCACUCUGUCAUGUGUCUCUCAUAGGGGGCUACUGUGCGUACCAUUCAGCCAUUUUUAUAGUUACUGUAACAAGAAAAUUAAGGUAAAAAAAUAGCUUUCAAGUAUACAAAAACAUACAAUUAUAAACUGUUGAAGUGAUGAGUAUUCAAACCAUAUAUUAGAGUAUUAUUUGCAAUAGAAGUUGUUAGGUGUUACAUGAAUUUAUUUAUGCACUAUAUCUACUUCUUGCCAAGAUGAGAUAGACUUUUCUUGUGGUCUUAUUUGUAUAGCCAAAUUAGUGAGCGGAAAAAGAAAAAGGCAGAAACGGAAGCUGCAGAAAUAGUGGUAGAAAUAACUGAGAUUUUAACUGACAGUGGCUGAAUACCGAUUCUUCUUGUGGGUCCUCUACUGUUCUUCACUUGAAGUUAGAACUUUUUCUGCCCCUGGAAGCACGGCACUGUAUAUAUAAUCAUUGUAACAAAUGGUAAUAUGGAACUAUUCUAUCAAAUAGUAGUCUUACAAAGAAUUACAUCUGACGUCUUUGGUCAUCCUAGUUGACUAAUAUUAGGUAAUGAAUUGGUAAUUAUGUGUCCGAAUCGGACAAAGCAACUUCUAACUUUUCCCUUGCAAAAUAAAAAGGAAUUCUUGCCUACUCCUAUUUAUUAGGGAUCGGUAUUUAGCCUCUGAAAAGUCUGACCGUUUCGGCUUCAUUGCUGUAGGUGGUGUAUAAUACAGUACUAUCCUUUCUGAUCAAUGGACAUUCUGACAUCUGCUACAGAUGGAUGAUGUAGGACCCCAGUGACAGCUAACCCCUCUGCCAAUCCUCAUACAGCCGCUCCACCAUGUCCGCUAAUGUUCCUAGGACUGUAUUUGUAUGCGCUUAUAACCUGUUGCCACCACAACAGAUAAACAAAUAUCUAUUCCGACUGGCCUAUAAGCAUCUCAUUUUAGAUGCGGGUGGGUUUUGGCAGACCUUAGCUUGUAUUACCUUUGACAGAUGCUGUAUAACUUCAGACCAUUUGCUGCUGGGAGAUUGGGGCUUAACAUUUCCCGUAUAAAGAAAUACAGCAAAGGUCACUACUAUUUAUGGUGACGACUGAACUGCAGUCAGGGUGUGUAAUCCAUGUCAUUCUGAUCAAUUUGAAGUGAAAUGUCAUUAAACUCCCAUGUUUAGGAGCCACUCUCUGUUGUCAUAGUGCCUUGGUGCACUGUUUUGGAAAGCAUUGGCUAUAGAGCUACUGUGCAGUACCUUUAUAGAACAGCCACCCUAAUGGCUGUGGAGCUACAAGAUUUUUAUAGAGCCAGUCUAUUGGCUAUCUAUCUACAGUUGCUUUAUACACCAUAUUGACUAGGAGGAUAUUGUAUGUUAAUGUCCAAAUUGGCUGUGGCUAUUAGCUGAUGUACCGUACCAGGGCUAACUGAUUGCCACCAUAUAACGUUGCUGUACAGUACCUUUACAGGGCCAUCUAUAAAGCUACACUAUCAGUAUAAAGCGACUUAACUGGCCACAGAUCUACCUUUACAGAGCCACCUGACUGCUAUCGUUGCAUUUCUGCCUGAACCAUAUGUGCGUUUGUGUUUGUGUAUGGGUGUAUGUUUGUGUUAACCCUCAAAGGGAAUGUCUUUAAAACUGAGAGGAUGAGGAAUGACACUUGUUGUAGCGUAGCUGUUUGUUGUUCCAAUUCCAACGAGGAAGAAGUGUUAUAUCAGACGUAAAUAUGGAGAUAAAAAUGAUCCAAUCCAUUUUCUUCUGACCGGUUUUCUCAAUAUAUUGUCACGAGGGAGCUGCAUUCACAGAGGUGUUCAAUAGAAUGUUUAAUAUGUCAGUGUUUUUCUGUUUCUAAGGCAACAUAAUGACAAAGCCUCUCUUAAUGCCUUAGUGUUCUAUCAAGCGCUAAUUCAGUGUUCUCUCUCUCUCUCACACACACACACACACACACACACACACACACACACACACACACACACACACACACACACACACACACACACACACACACAGAGCCUCUCAAAUAUUUACUUUUCUCUGAAGACUUUCCCAAUCCAGAAUGUUGAGCUCUGAAUUUGAAAGGGUUUAGAUUUUCAUGUGUUCGUUCGUCUAUAUAAAACGAUGUGAGUUUCUUGUACACAUGCCGCUUUGAUUCCUGGUUGGAGUGGAGGACUUCCAUAGUUUAUAUUUAACUCUGAAUCUGUGUUGACUCUGAAAUCCCUCCACUUCUCCUCGCUGUCUCAGUUUGUUAACGUGGACACAUCCUAAACCCCAAAACCUCCUUUACUGUGUAACCAUAAAUACACACAUAAUGUACUGUACAGUGAACAAUAUCAUUUUUGGCAAGACAAAUGUUAGGUAAUUGCAUCAUUAUCUCAAUGAAAGACUGGGCCAAAAAGAUAUUCUGAAUCUGUAAUUGGCUCCUUUCAAUGUAUGGGUUCACCAUUUUAGAAAUGACUCUUGUAGUUCUAUUGUAUUCUAUCACAGGAAUUGUUUGUCCCUCUGUAGAUCGCAACAUUCACAUGUCACACUAACAGUUAUACCUACACAUGCACAGAUGGGGGAUGUUCAGCUCUAGACUGAAGGAAGCCAAGGAUGUUUAUUCCCCCUUGUGGGAUGUCAGAGGCCAGCUCAGGGAGUGGGUCUCCACAGAUCAGCAUGGAACCAUGUCAAACAGAAGGUCAAAGAAUCAUGAGUAUGUCUGUGUGUCCCCGAAGUGGACACAAGAGUGUGCUGAGGGACACAGGUCUGUUUUCUGUGGUUUGCGAAAUUUACUUUUGCCCCAAAAAAAUAAAAAAUAGGAACAGCUUGGGGUGAGAGGAAGGGGUCUGCUUUACGGCCAGCCUCAAAGGGAGGGUCUUCACGUGGCUCCUCCCCUGCCCCUCCUUACCCUUGCCGUGUCCGUGUAGGUGCGUCUCUGUGGGAAAGACACGUAUGUGAUUCUGUAGUCUGUAGUCUGGUGCUAUGUGACCAUGUUUGCCAAAUGUGUAAAAAAAAAAAAAAAAAAAAAAAAUAGUAAAAUCUGUCAAAUUUUAAGUGAAGUAAAAAAUAGGAAUAAAGUAAAGAUAAGUUUGAGAUCUGAAAUCAACCGUUUUUUAUUUGAUUUUUGAUUUUUUUUUGUGUGUGUGUGAGUGUAUGUGUGUGCGUGGAAGAUUUAGCUCCCUCUCUCUGGGCAUUGGUCCACGUCGCUCCAUUCUUUUGUACUGAUGAAGAUUAAAAAAAAAGAAGAGGGCAAAAUUUGUAAAAUAUUGUGUCUGUGACUCCUUGUAAAAUAUUUUCAAAUUGUUUAUUACAGAGAAUCAGUUAUUAAAUAAUGUUCAUAUUUUUC